GGGCGGGACGUUUACUAGACUGUAGUUCCGUCAGCUCGCUCCUCUCCGACACCUACUGGGGAGUAGUGUUGAUUUGGGUGAUUUCUUGUCAUCGUUGGGCCCAGUGCAACGACCAUCUCGGAACCGGGUCAGGGCAAAAAGAAAGUUGCAUUAGGUUUAGCGCACGGUCUGUUCCAGCUGUACGAAACGCCGUAUUUGCGCUGGCGAGAGGCGGGGAGCCGGGGGGCCUCGCGGCGGCUGCGAGGAGGCACAAGCGGACAGGGGACCCGCGUCGGGCUAGCUAGAUGCGCUGGAUUCGGCCUGGCGAUCCAGCGACGCAUCAGCGAACGAAACUAUCACAGGACAUAUCUCCUACCUACCUUCAGCUUGGAUUAUAACGUUUCUUCUCAGUUAAACGACCCCUUUAUCCGUUGAGCAGGUGAGCGCGCGGCUAUUAUAUAUUGUAACAGCUGUCAAACAGCUUUGAACCAGCCGUUUAAGACAACGGGCCGAAGCGAGUGCCGCUCGGACCGGGUCGUGGAGACUGCAGGGCGAGUAGGGAGCCACGGAUCAGCCGUCGACGGCCUGCCAUCAUGGGCAACGCGCCCACGGCUAGGAAGGGCGGCGAGAUGGAGAGCGUCAAGGAGUUCCUUGCUGAAGCCAAAGAGGACUUCCUGAAGAAAUGGGAGAACCCUGCACAGAACACGGCGUGUCUGGAGCAGUUUGAAAGGUUGAAAACUCUGGGAACUGGUUCGUUUGGCCGCGUGAUGCUCGUCAAGCAUCGCGACACAGGACAACACUACGCCAUGAAAAUCCUCAACAAGCAGAAGGUGGUAAAGCUGAAACAGAUAGAACACACUCUAAAUGAGAAAAGGAUUCUGCAGGCUGUCAGUUUCCCCUUCCUGGUGCGAGUAGAGUACUCCUUCAAGGACAACACUAACUUGUACAUGGUGAUGGAGUACGUGCCCGGGGGAGAGAUGUUCUCUCAUCUACGACGAAUCGGCAGGUUUAGCGAGCCUCACGCUCGUUUCUAUGCGGCUCAAAUCGUGCUGACCUUUGAGUACCUGCACGCCUUGGACCUCAUCUACAGAGACCUGAAACCUGAGAACCUGCUCAUAGACCAGCAGGGAUACAUCCAGGUGACUGACUUUGGUUUUGCCAAGCGUGUGAAGGGGCGGACCUGGACGCUGUGUGGCACCCCGGAGUACCUGGCUCCAGAGAUUAUCCUCAGCAAGGGGUACAACAAGGCAGUAGACUGGUGGGCUCUGGGGGUGCUCAUAUAUGAGAUGGCUGCAGGAUACCCUCCCUUCUUUGCUGACCAGCCCAUCCAGAUCUACGAGAAGAUCGUUUCAGGGAAGGUGCGCUUCCCCUCCCACUUCAGCUCCGACCUGAAGGACCUGCUGAGGAACCUGCUGCAGGUGGACCUGACCAAACGCUAUGGCAACCUGAAGAACGGUGUGAACGACAUCAAGGGCCACAAGUGGUUCGCCACCACCGACUGGAUCGCCAUCUACCAGAGGAAGGUGGAGGCUCCAUUCGUCCCCAAGUUCAAAGCCGGAGACACCAGCAACUUCGACGACUACGAGGAGGAGGAGAUCAGAGUGUCCUUCUCUGAGAAAUGUGCCAAGGAGUUUGCUGAGUUCUAAUCUUACCGAGGGAGGGGAGGGAGGGAGGGAGGGUGGGGUGGGAGGGAGGGAAUGAUGGAAAAGGUAAAGAGGAGCACUGUCUCCUGCUCAAUCACAAGCACCAGCUACAGGGAUGAGGGGAAGAGAAGGGAAGUAGAGAGAGGGAAGGAGGGAGGUGGAGAAACAGGGAGGUGGAGAGAGAGAAAGCGAGGGAGGGAGAAGUGAGGGAGCAGAUAUAACCAGCAGGGGUUGCCUUUUCUGUUACAUUGAUUGUUUUUCUUUCUGACUCCCUCUUUGUGGUGGUUCUUAUUUAUUCUCGUCUUUUCUCUGUGCGUCUGAGUAGCAGGGACAUGUGACCAGCCGUCUCCUAGUUGUUAGCCUUAGCUAUACACACACACACAAAGCUAACAAUGGAAUUAUCUGAGCUGUCACCACAUGAUGCCAAUAGACAUAACUAGCCCGUGUAGUCUUACCACUCUGGAAUGGGACCUCCCCCACACACACACACACACACACACCACUCCUGGGUGUAGUAUUCAGCGUGACUCAUUCCAAGGUGUCCUUCAUGGUGGAGGCUGGGUUUCGAACGCACACUUUGAUCAAAAGUUAUCUAGAACACUGGCCUUCCUUCCAGACAGAAUCGUCAGGCAGACAGACAGACAGGCAGACAGACAGGCAGGUAGGCAGAUAGACAGGACAAACAGGGAAAUAGACUGCUUCACUUUACAUGAGGCCCAAGGCCACCACCCUCAAACACACCUGUGAAGACCACAUUCCUAUUUUAAUCAUUUUUGAAUCUUUUUAUUUAUAUGAUUACAGAUAGUGUUUUUAUUAUAUUAUACUGUGGAACACUCGUGUAAACGAAGAGGCCCAUUCCUGUAUUCCAUGUCACGUGCUACCAUGUACAGAUGUUUGAAGUUACCGUUUUAUUCUCUUAAAUGUGUUUUGCAACGACCGUACUUCCUCUCAUAUGGGGCACGAUGCUGGUUCAUACUGUCGCACUUUUUAAGGAAACAAGAACCCGUCUUUAACUAUGAUAACCUCCCUCUGGGGCACAGCAAAGAGAAGCGUUGACGGACACUAUAUUCAAAGACAGAAGAAAAUAAACAACAAAACACUCAGUGUAAUAUUUUGCAACAUGAGUAUCAUUCCAAUAAAGUUUUACUUGUUAAAGUUACAAA